AUGCGUUUCCCGUUGACUUUAACGGUUCUCUCGCUCUCCCUGUCUCUCUUCUGCGUGGCAUCUUCUCGCCUCGGACAGAAAGAUGCCAUCGCCGCUCUGAGAACACGCGACAAGCCCCCUCCUAAUGGAAAACCACCGCAUCUAAAAGUUAAAAAAGUUCUCCAAGGAGAGGCCUUCUGGUACUACGGAUUUGAGAAAGACUCAUAUUGGUUCAACUUUUACGAACACCUUUGGGAACAGCUGGUUGAAGUAGUCAACUUGGUUGGCAACUCAGGUUUCAGCGACGAUAUUUUCAAGACAUGGUUCUCUGAAAUUGAGGGUCAAGUUGUCGAAAAGAUGCUCGAAGUCAUUCGAGAGAAAAUUUCGCCACGCUGCGAGGCAGACAAUUCUCCAAAAAUCUGGAUUGUUGCUGGGGACCCUGACAAUCAAUGCGGAGAUAAAACCGUUGCAUAUAGCAAGAGUGUCUCGUAUUUAAACCCUCGGCCCAAGCAAAUGGACCCUGGAGACUUCACGCAAGGGAAAACUGGUGAUUAUUAUAUGGCAUUCUGUGGAAAAAAUAUUGAGGCCCGGCCCUAUCUUCUGGACUGCUCUGCGUUCCAAAGCCGCAAGUUUGCCAAAAAAGACAUGCCCCUGGUUUUUACCAUGUUACAUGAGCUUGGGCAUUUUGAAUUCAUUGGAAACAAAGUGUUGAAUGAAUUUCCGAGCGUGAUUCGGUCAAGCAAGAUUAGCAAGAUGAAUGGACUGGGGUUUGCGGUUGCGCCAGAGGUCUACGACCCUGAAUUUUGCUCACUCAUGGCAAACGAAGCGGAUAAAACCCCAACCUGCAAGAUUCAACCCACCCGCAAUCCAGAUAACUAUGCUUGGUUCGCGCUGGUACGUUGA